ACCAGUCGACGCCGAAGGAUCCAGCCGCCGACUACGCAGCCAACAGCGGACACAACCCCCCCAUUAGCACUGCGGGGGUCAACUACCAUGGUCAAGACGACAGUUCCUUGCAGAAAAGUAACGCGGAACAGCCUCCCACGAGGCCGCAGCAAGACCACCGCGAGCCACAGCACCGCCGAGCACAGCACCACGAGCAGCGAGGACCACCGCUCACCGCCAACGCCUGAGGCUGAAUCAGACGAGUCUUCGGACGCAACAGACACAAACACAAACAUUCAGAGAAGACUCAAUUUCCCGCGAACCAUGCUACCUUUAAGCUCUCUUGUUUUCACGACCCAAACUGCCUUCCAGACCUCUUUCUUCCCCUACGACCCGAACUAUCUUCAAGCCCUCUUCACCACGACCCAGACUACCCUUGAACUAUAAUUUUCCACAACUUAAAGUACCUUCAAACGACAUAAUGCAAUCACGGGGAACGACCGCUUGGGCAGGAGCAGGAGAUUUCGUCAGUUGGCAGUUUGUCGACUUCCAAUGGCAUUUAUUGUGUAAAGAUCGACGUUUUUCUUUUCCUCUCGACGGGGAAAUUUAUCAAGAGGAAAAAAGAGUUCUCAGUGGAUUAGUACUGAAAGCUUUCAGAUCUUUCUCUCUUUUGUACUUUGUAUAGAAACCCAUUCGAAUACAAAUCCCCCCCUCCCCCUUUUUGAGAGAUGUAUAUAUCCCAGAGAGCAAUUUGAAAGCGUAUCCUAAGUGGUAAAUGCUCUAAACCCGCUGGAUACUCAGUAUAAUGUGUGUCCAUCUGAGAGAUACUGAGAACUGGGAGAAAAAAAAGAGAAAGCGUUUGGAGAAAGAUGGGAAUCGAGCAUAAUUGCCAGUUAGUGCAAAGCAGGUCUUACAAUAUAUAUAUAUAUAUAUAUUUAAAACACAUGUAUAGAAUAUAUUCCUUCGUUAUGUUUACUGUUGGUUGAAUAAAAUAUGUCUAUGUAUGCUAUAUUUAGUUACUUCCAUAUAAAAAAAAAUAAUGGUAGAUUUUAAAUAGCAACAUAAGAGUCACGGGAUAUCACAAGUCUUGGUGUCAGGCGCCCUGUAUAUACAGUCCCUUUGGUC